AUGGUGAUGAUGAUGAUAACUGAGCGUGUGCUGCUGGUGUGUGCCCUCUGCGUGCUGUGGUGCGGUUUAUGUGGAGUUGCGGCCGAUGAUGUUUAUGUUCCUCCUGGUGAUAGUGGAACUUCCGGCAAAAAUGGAGUUGGGGUUGGUGUUCAGCCUCCUGUCCUAUCUGACAGUCCUGGUGCUAAUGAGGAUCCAACGGAUAAAGAUACUGAGGAAAGUGAAAGUGGUUCCCUGGAGUCUGACGAUUUGGACGGCCAAUCUUUACCUACCGAAGCUGUUAAGGAUGGUGUGGUGGCAGAUGUCUCUGAGGACGGUUUACCCCGUCAAGAAGAGGGCACCAUAGUUCCACCGGCUCAGCCGGAACCAGUGCCUCGUGUUGAAUUGCCGUCCGAGGUGAAGGCAACAAGGCCACUCGCUCCGAAUCCGCAGGAACAGCCCCCCAAAACACCAACGGAAGAUGACCCCCUUAGCACAGGUCCCGGAGGGAACAGACCAUCUGGGGAACUCGCGGAAACGGCCUCUCUAUCUCCUCCAAAGGACGGCGGUGCUGCCAGCGAUCAAACUGCCGGAGGCACCACGGACAAAAGUCCACACAAUGAUCCUCUGCCUGGGGCCGCGGUUACGGUGCAAAACCACCGUGAGGGAAGCACAGAACUGAGCGAGAAGGAAGCAAAAUCAACAAGGGCAACUGCCAGCACAACUGAUCCGGGGAGUACACAGAACAGCAGCAUCAACCCUGCAGCAGGACCUUCGGUGCCUCAAGAAGAGGCGGCUACUCGUGACGCCUCCCCCACACCAAAACCCGCGUCUUCUGCUGCUGGCGCUGAGGGUUCCGCUGGUACUCCUCCUCCACUUGAAACUCCGGGCAGCGCUGGUGGUAACUCUCCUGCUGGCAUUGCUGGCACUGGUGGCACGAC